CCGGCGCGCUGGUACAGUGAGUACUUCCGCCUGGGCCGCGCUGUCACUCAGGGCCGCGCGCCCGCUCCGCCCCGCGCCGUGACGCAGGGCUUGCUUUUCUGCUAGGAGCUUAAAUCUCCUGACCGCUGCGGUCAGAACGCAUUCGUGACUGUGGUGCUUUGUGCAUCAGGUCUCGGCGAGAUUUCGCACUGCCUGUCCUGGGUUCCUCCCUUAGUAAUCAGUAACGAUCACUUUGUUAAGCAGCAGGACGAACAAAGAAAUCGAAAAAGAGACGCUCGGUUCCCGGCCGCUCCGCGGCUCCGGACCGCUCGGCUGCUAGCGGUCGCUUUGCUGCCCCGGGCUGCUCCGCUGCUCCGGGUGGUUCCGGUAUCCCGGACCGCUUGGCUGCUUGCGUCCGCUUUGCUGUUCCGACCGCUCCGCUGCAUCUGGCCGCUUUGCUCCGACUGGUUUCCUUUUCUGCUUCGCUUUGGCGUUGAGAGGCUGAAUUAUAAUCAUCAGUAGAUUGAGCCGCCAUUUGCUUCCUAUGCGCUCACUCGCUCGGUCUGCGUUGUCCGGCAGCGGCACCUAGAGGCUGGAAGUUGGCAUUGCAUCAAACAGACUGUGAACUUUGUGGUUUAACCAGUGUUAAUAAGGACUGCUGUUCCCUCACAGCAUACAGUAUUUACAGGAAAGACUUAGUGUCUGAUAAGAAAUUAAGACAGGAUAGACGCCUAGCUGCCUGGUGUUCUGCUUAGAACUCAUCUUAAUUAGAGAUUUGAAUUUAUAAGAUACUGGACUUUUUAGCUGUUGUAGUAACUGGAAUUUUUUAGCGCAAAAAGUACUUUUUGGAGAAGUGAGUGACCAAGUAAAGAUGAGUAAGAGCAAAGAUGAUGCUCCUCAUGAACUAGAGAGCCAGUUUAUCUUACGCCUGCCUCCAGAAUAUGCUUCUACUGUGAGGAGGGCAGUACAGUCUGGCCAUGUCAACCUGAAGGACAGACUGACAAUUGAGUUACACCCUGAUGGACGACAUGGAAUUGUCAGAGUGGAUCGGGUCCCUUUGGCUGCAAAAUUGGUAGAUCUGCCGUGUGUCAUGGAAAGCUUGAAAACCAUAGAUAAAAAGACCUUUUACAAGACAGCCGAUAUCUGUCAGAUGCUUGUAUCCACGGUUGACGGUGAUCUCUAUCCUCCUGUAGAGGAACCAGUUGCCACUGCUGAUCCCAAAGCAAGCAAGAAAAAAGAUAAAGACAAAGAGAAAAAAUUUGUCUGGAACCAUGGUAUUACUCUGCCUUUAAAAAAUGUGAGAAAGAGAAGGUUUCGGAAGACAGCAAAGAAGAAGUAUAUUGAGUCUCCAGAUGUGGAAAAAGAAGUUAAGCGCUUGCUGAGUACAGAUGCUGAAGCUGUCAGUACUCGUUGGGAAAUAAUUGCUGAAGAUGAAACAAAAGAGGCAGAAAAUCAAGGCCUUGAUAUCUCAUCUCCAGGGAUGUCUGGCCACAGGCAGGGCCAUGACUCAUUAGAACAUGAUGAACUUCGAGAGAUAUUCAAUGACCUCAGCAGCAGCAGUGAAGAUGAAGAUGAGACGCAGCAUCAAGAUGAAGAAGAUAUAAACAUUAUUGAUACUGAGGAAGAUCUAGAGAGACAGCUGCAGGACAAGCUGAAUGAAUCAGAUGAACAGCACCAAGAAAAUGAAGGAACCAACCAGCUGGUUAUGGGAAUUCAGAAACAGAUCGAUAACAUGAAAGGCAAGCUCCAAGAGACCCAGGACAGGGCCAAGCGGCAGGAGGAUCUCAUCAUGAAAGUGGAGAACUUGGCACUCAAAAACAGAUUUCAAGCUGUGCUGGAUGAACUCAAACAAAAGGAAGACCGAGAAAAAGAGCAACUCAGCUCUUUGCAAGAGGAGCUAGAAUCACUUCUAGAAAAGUGAGGCUGUUGGUAAUUUCAGUUGGCAGGCUAAGUCUAUCCUGUCUUACUUUUCAGCACUAGAAAAGUCUUGGUUAUAUCACUUAAACUGGAUAUUAAGACCUAGUAUUUCCUUUUUCCUCUAAUGCUAGAAGUUGUUAAAGUAUUUAGUUCUUUUUUUAAGAAGUAUCUUGCUGUGUAUUUUCUAUGUGUUCACUGUUUAGAAAGUAGGAUUGUAAUAAGCAAAAAGAUUGUUACAGGAAAGUUGUAACAUGUGAAAUGAAUAGUUCAGACUUACAGCUUCACUGGAGGACUUUGUUACUGCUGCCCUGUUUUACCUUUGGACAGUAAGAAUACAUAAGCUAAUUUUAAGAAGGCAUAAGUUAACUUUUAUGUUUUAUCAUGCAAUAACUAUUUUCUAGGCUACUAAAGAAAUUUUGUAUAUGUAGAGAUGCAAAUCACGAAGUUAUUUUUGACAAAUAAAAGCAACUACUUUUGGACUUUUAA